UAUGCCUUUUCAUUACUCUCGCUUAUACAACAAAAACACCCUAAAACUUUAAGUAUAAUCCAAUAUAGAAUGGACAAAGAUGAACAGAAUUACUGGCACCUCCGACCCCUUUACAAUGAGAAUGUACCAAGCUUACCACCUGUGAAUGUGGUGGAACCACUGACGGCACGGAAUCUCGUCCAGCUGUACUUCAACACCUUUUUCGCUGCCAAUUUUGCAGAAUCGUGGGUAUUUUGGAUGGAUGUGGCCAAGACCCGGAUGCAGGUGGAAGGCGAGGAGGCUAAGAAAACGGGUGCUAGAAUGCCAACUUUUCGGGCCACAAUCAAGAACAUGAUCCAGGUGGAAGGCUUCAAAUCGUUAUACUCUGGCUUUUCGGCCAUGGUCACCCGCAACUUUCUAUUUAAUUCGGUCCGUGUCGUCCUAUACGACAUCUUCCGGCGCCCAUUUCUAUAUGUCAACGAGAACAACGAAGAAAGGCUGGGAACCCAUUGGGCCUUGGGCUGUAGCUUCGCGGCAGGUUGCAUAGCCCAAGGGCUGUCCAACCCCUUUGACAUUGUCAAGGUUCGGAUGCAGACGGAGGGCCGACGACUUCAGCUGGGCUAUGAGCCGCGGGUUAAGAACAUGGUCCAGGCCUUUGGGGACAUCUACAGGCAGGGAGGUCUGCCCAGCAUGUGGAAGGGCGUAGGACCCAGCUGCUUGAGGGCCUGCCUGAUGACAACCGGUGAUGUGGGCACCUAUGACCUGAGCAAGCGCAUGCUGAAGCGCUUCCUGGGCUUGGAGGAGGGCAUCCCAUUGCGAUUCGGUGCCUCCAUGUGUGCCGGGUUCACGGCAUCCGUGCUGAGUACUCCGGCUGAUGUGAUCAAGUCACGGAUGAUGAACCAGCCGGUGGAUGAAAGCGGAAAGAAUCUAUAUUAUAAGAGCUCUUUGGACUGUAUUCGAAAGCUGGUGAAGGAAGAGGGAGCGUUGACGCUAUACAAGGGCUUCAUACCCAUCUGGUUUCGUCUUGGACCCUUCUCGGUCAUCUUCUGGCUCUCGGUUGAACAGCUUCGCCAGUGGGAGGGUCAGGUGGGAUUCUAAGGAAUUUGGUAUUCCAAUUGGGACUAUAGAAUUUCAUAAUAUUUCUUUGGAAAUAUGUUUUUACUGAAAUUGACUGUAUAGAUAUGGGAUAGCAUCAAGAGAGUAUCUUUUGCAAAAUUAAU